AAGAAACAAUUACUCUGGGCCCGUAGUUGGAGUUGUGGGCGGAUCUUAUAGUUCAGUUUCCCUUCAAGUUGCCAAUCUACUAGGACUAUUUCACAUUCCACAAAUAUCCCCAGCGUCUACUGCAAAAGCUUUAAGCGACAAAACGAGAUUUAAAUAUUUCGCCCGGACUGUCCCUCCAGACACCUUUCAAUCGAGCGCUUUAGUCGACAUUGUCAAAAGUGUCAAUUGGUCCUAUGUAUCGACAAUCUAUUCAGAGGGGUCCUAUGGAGAAUAUGGAAUUGAAGUAUUCCACAGGGAAGCACAGGAAAGGAACGUAUGCAUCGCCACCGCUGAGAAAGUACCCAGUGCUGCCGACGAUAAAGAAUUCGAUAACAUCAUUAUAAAGCUGAAAAAGAAAAUAAAUGCCAGAGGUGUUGUCUUGUUUACGAGGGCUGAGGAUGCACGGAGGAUUCUGCAGGCAGCUAAGAGGCUAAAUGCCAGUCACACCUUCUAUUGGGUGGCGAGCGAUGGAUGGGGUAAACAACAAAAAUUGGUUGAAGGACUGGAGGACGUAGCAGAAGGGGCAAUCACAGUUGAAUUACAGUCGAAUCAUAUACCGGGUUUUGACGAAUACAUGAUGUCGCUAACACCCGAACGAAAUACUCGAAAUCCUUGGUUUGAACAAUAUUGGGAAGAUACUUUCGGAUGCGUUUUGGAAAAAAAUAUACCAUUGGAAACAAAUUACACUUUCAACGUUUGCAGUGAUGACUUGAGGCUGUCACAGAGUGUCGGAUACGAACAAGAAAGCAAAGUGCAGUUUGUCGUCGAUGCUGUAUACGCUUUUGCGUUGGCCCUUCACAAUCUGUAUGAAGAUCUAUGCAAAGAUUACAACCAAUCUGGUGUUUGUCCUGCUAUGACCCAAUUCGAUGGAAGUGACUUUUAUAAGAGAUAUCUACUCAACGUGUCUUUCAUUGACUUGGCUGGUAGUCCUGUCAAAUUUGACACUAGCGGAGACGGAUUAGCAAGAUAUGAUAUUCUUAACUACCAAAGACUGCUCAACUCAUCUGGCUCUGGAUACCAUUACAAAAAAGUGGGAAAAUGGUUUAACUAUCUUCAGCUAGACCCAAAUUAUCUUGUAUUUGAAAAUAAUGCAACUUUUGUGCCAACAUCAGCUUGCUCUCUACCCUGUGAACCAGGAAUGAUCAAGAAACAACAAGGAGACACAUGCUGCUGGAUAUGUGAUAAAUGCGAGGACUAUGAGUUUGUAUACGAUGAGUUUACAUGUAGAGAUUGCGGACCGGGAUACUGGCCUUACGAAGACAAAUUAUCUUGCUACGCACUGGAAUUGCAGUAUAUGCGUUGGAACACUCCCUAUGCUUUCGUGCCCGCAGCAUUUUCAUGUCUGGGAAUUCUAGUUACUUUCGCCGUUAUUAUCCUGUUUGUCAAGCAUAAUGAUACUCCAUUAGUCCGUGCAUCUGGCAGGGAGUUGAGUUAUAUGUUGCUCUUUGGGAUCCUCCUAUGUUAUCUGAAUACUUUCGCUCUCCUUGCUAAACCAACUACCGAAAUUUGCAUCACUCAGAGGUUUGGCAUCGGCGUUGGAUUUUCUAUUAUAUACGGUGCACUGCUUACCAAAACGAAUAGAAUCUCCCGUAUAUUCGAUUCUGCUUCAAAAUCAGCUCAGAGACCGAGCUAUAUAAGUCCUAAAUCUCAAGUUGUCAUCACGUGUUCCUUAAUUGCUGUUCAAGUUAUUUUGACUCUAGUUUGGAUGAUUGUUGAACCACCAGGCACGAGGUUCCAUUACCCUACCAGAAACCAGGUUAUUCUGAAAUGUAAAAUUCAGGACAUGUCGUUUUUAUUCAGCCAGCUAUACAAUAUGAUUCUGAUUACUACUUGCACAGUGUACGCCGUUAAAACCCGCAAAAUCCCAGAAAACUUCAAUGAAUCGAAAUUCAUCGGCUUCACAAUGUACACUACUUGUGUCAUUUGGCUGGCUUUCAUACCUAUUUAUUUUGGAACUGGAAACGCAUAUGAGACUCAGUUGACAACCCUUUGCGUUGCUACCAGCAUGAAUGCCACUGUCGCUUUGGUUUGCUUGUAUUCACCGAAAGUCUACAUUAUAGUGCUGCAUCCCGACAAAAAUGUUCGAAAAUUGACCAUGAAUAGCGCUGCUUACAAGAAAUACAACUCUAGCUCUGCUCUACCUUCAUCUUAUGCUCCGGCUCCCUCCAGUGCUACGCAGAAAGUAAGUUCUGACGGUACUGAGACUAUUCUAAUGCAACGUAUUGGGGGAAACACUGCCACCACUACAACAACUAAUAACACUCCUAACACACCUUCAAGAACCUCGUGUAGUGGAACAAAUGCUGAGCCGAUGGAUAGCAUAGCCCUGCUAUAGGGACGGCCUAAUAAUGACGCACCUCCAGAUACGGGACAACCAAUACCAACUGUGGCUGACAUUCACAUAUAAGACGUUUUUUUAUAAAAAUAAAAAAUCUAGAAAUAUUACACUGACCUUUGCUCCCGAAUUUGACUCAAAUUUUUUCCAAAGUCUGAAUAUGAUUGUUUGUUAAGUAAAAUGUUUAAUACUUGGUCAAUUAAGAAAAGACAUUUGAAAAAAUGUAAGAGAAAAACUUUGAUCUCUUUGCUAAAAACUUGC